CCAGAUUGAAAAACUAUGAACUCCGGAUUGAAUAACCAUGAACUCUGGAUUGAAAAACUAUGGUCUUUGGGGUUAAAAAACUCUGAUCUCGGGGAUUAAAAAACCAUGGUUUCCAGAGUGAAAAACUAUAGUCUUCAAAAUGAAAAACUAUGAUCUCUGGGAUUUAAAACUCGGGCUUCUUCCCCCAUCUCCAACGCAAAAUCCUGUAGUACCUCUCCACCUUGCUGCCUUGCCGUCCACCAAGUUACGAGCGCGCAUUCUGCAAUUCAAGUUCCUCUAUCGCGCGUACGAAAUUCUACCGUCUACAUUACUGGCGUGUAUUGUCACGACUUUCCUGCGUCAACGUGGGCCACCCGAAAUUUGGGCUGUGCUCAAGAGAAACAAGCUGUCAAAUUUUGACAAAACAAGCCCCGUUUCCACGUCACCCUCAACAGCAUCUCAAGAAGUCUACGACAUGGACAUUGGCGCACGACAUGGCCGCUGCUCAUCAACACGCUCAGGAAUAUCAACAUCUGCAGCCAUCCCGAUGCGGAAUUCGACCCUGAACCAGAUCCACGACUGGCCCUUGACCAGUCUUUACCACCACCGCCAAUAG